CCUUUCCAGUAAGAACGGGCGAUUCGACUCGUCCGCGGCGCAUGCGAGCUCGCCCACGAAGUUGUUCGUUCUUCAGUGGUGUUCGAGAACUUGAUGUGAAAGCAUUAACAUUAGAUCACUAACAAAUCUCAGGUAUACACAUCGAAAUAGUGCCGAAUUUUCAACACACAUAAUAAUUAGAAAAUGAGUGAUACUAACCCCAGCACACAGAGUAUAGCGGACUAUUUAGCACAGCUACUAAAAGAUAAGAAGCAACUGGCAGCGUUCCCAAAUGUUUUCAUACACGUAGAACGACUUCUUGAUGAAGAAAUCGCCAAGGUCCGGUCGAGUCUGUUCCAGAUAAAUGGCACGAAGAAGGAACCUCUCGUGCUGCCCGAUGCUGAGGGGACUACCACAACACUCACAGAAAAAGUUUACGUGCCCGUCAAAGAGCAUCCAGAUUUCAACUUCGUGGGCCGUAUUCUGGGACCUCGGGGCAUGACAGCGAAGCAGCUAGAGACAGAAACUGGCUGCAAAAUCAUGGUCCGGGGGCGAGGCUCCAUGAGGGACAAGAAAAAGGAAGAGCUUAACAGAGGGAAGCCGAACUGGGAACACCUGAAUGACGAGCUGCAUGUCCUGAUCACAGUGGAGGACACGGAGAACAGAGCUACCAUGAAGAUGCAGCGAGCUGUUGACGAAGUCAAGAAACUUCUGAUUCCCGUGGCCGAUGGAGAAGACGAGCUUAAGAAGAGACAGCUGAUGGAGCUGGCCAUCAUAAACGGAACGUAUCGGGAUUCGAGCAUCAAAGCAGUGGCAACAGCAGCAGCUUGUGAUGAGGAGUGGCGACGGCUGACGGCAGCUGCGGCAGAGACGCAGCGACUGCUGUCUCCAGGGAUGCCGGGCUUGGCGACGCCGAUGCGUAACCCUGGCACACCUCUGGGCGCGCCACUGAUCCUGUCCCCCAGGCUCCCUGUACCCACAACAGCAGCUUCUCUUCUGAAUGGAUCAGGGCACCAAGGGCCACUUCUCUCACCCCACGACCCACAUGGGCUCAUCUACACGCCAUAUGCUGAUUAUGCCAACUAUGCAGCCCUGGCAGCAUCGCCACUUCUUACAGAUUACGCCGCGGCGGAACACUCGGAUAGUAGAUGUGAACAGAUGUGGUUACUGCUGUCCUGCGAUUCUAAUUAACGCUGUGAGAUGCAACCAUAAUCAAGAAUGAAACCAGCAGUUACUGCAGACCGUUGCUCCUAUCUAUCCGUUAACAUUUGUAAAGAUGAUAAGGGCAUUUAAUGUGCAUGGGCGAGAUACACGCAUACAAAUAUUUGUUGUAAAGCAGAUGAUGUGGCAUAGGUUGGAGGAUAAUAUUAAAAUGGAUCAUAGGGAAACAGGAUUGAAGGUCAUGUAUUUGAUUCAUCUCUCAGGAUGGAGACCAGUCUUGUUAAGACGGUAAUGAUCCGUCGGGUUCUCUAAAAGGCGAGGAAUUCCUUGACUCUCAAGAAGUUUGUUAAUGUGUAGUUAGUUAUUUAAAUUUUUGCAUAUUCGCUGUGUGUUCUGGUGAUUUGUUGGGUGUACAAAGAAGUUUAGAAGAAAAUAUAAAAACAGACUGAUUGACGUCACUGAAAGCAACGCUAAUGAAAUGGAAUAAUGGAAAUUUUGUAAUGUGUGACUGGUACAUAAUUAUCUCUGGAUUUGAAACUUACGAAACUGUUCGAACACUGAAAGUAAUUGGGCAGGGAUGCAAGAAAAAAUUUGGGACACGUUGCCUUAAAUUUUACGUCAGUAUCCGUGUUAGCCUUGAGAACAACGGUGUACUCGGGGUAUAACCGUAGGGUCCAGCGGAUGGAACGUAGGUUUUUGUUUUUGAAAUAUCAUCACUAUCUUAUCAUACAGCAUUCAGAAGAAAGUACCACAAUGGCUGCUUGACAUUUAGCAGAAAUUUAUCAUGUUUCAUGGUACUAGACUUCAUUAUAAUCAUUAUAGUGGCAAAAGCGCAGUAGUAGUUUCAUAAAGUUGUUUUAGAAACAUGCAAUUGAUGUAGGCAGAAGUAUUGUUGAUCGUAUAGUUUAUGGCUUAGUCUAGCGUACUUUAGCAUACUUUAUUUUCAAGUUUUACUAUCCAUUAGGUACUAAACCCAAAUAUUCAACAUUAUUAACUUAAAAAAGUUUUUGUCGUUGGAAUGAAACAGUCAGUUUCACUUCUACCAGAAGAUUUUUGUUUCAGGUUCUUUUUUAAUAUUGCCUAAAUCUCAGUCUUGAUCUUUCAAAUAGUUGCUUUCCAAAAUUUUCAUAGAAAUUAUGUGUGUGAGUUUUACUGCAUCCGAGAUCCAUAUUUAGUCCAUCGUAACCUCUUCAAACUAACAGAUAUAGCAAUAUUUUCGUAAGUUCUUGUUUUCCCCUCAUGGUAAUGAUUGUGUCUCGUAAGCACGCAAAACAGUGCACAGAUUAGAAUUUUCUAAUGAUAAUUGUGUAAUCCUCUUCUAGUCCACCAUCUCAUAGUUAGAUCUAGGAAAUUUAGCAAAAUUAUUUAAUCAUUAUUUCUGCCUGCAUAAUUAAAACGCAUCAGAUUUUCUGACAUAAUUCAGACUCCCUUUUUCAAAUGGUGUUUGAACAUUAUGUAUGCUUAAAUACUCUCUAAUGUGAACACAGUUUAUGUAAGCAGAAGUUUAUGGGUGUGGUCAGAAGUUGUACGGACGUGUGUCAAGAUCUCCGUUGGUCAUUCCAGAGCAGCGGUGGGUCACGGUUGGGGUGUGAACCACUGGUUGCAUGCGCGAUGGCCUGACCAACGGUAGCCCAUGCUUGUAAAUGCACGGCACGAAGGAGCGGCCCCACCGAGGUCUGCUGUCUGCCAGAUCGAACAUUGACCAACAAUAGCGAGAGUUUUAUUACGCUGCCCAAUUAUUGCUUGGCAAGUGCCUUCAGUAACAUUAUCGAAGUUGUAGAAGCAUAAAGAAAACAGCAUUUCCAGCUGUUAGCAAAAUGUUUAAUCACAUCCUUCUUGUAAAAUUAAAACAUUUGCCUAGGUAAUUAGUGUUAGAAUUUUGAUACUGUCUUAUUUACAAAUUAUUUAAUCUUAUUUAUUUCAUUUUCAAUGAAUGAAAUCUUAUUUCUUUUUAUGAUAUACCUUCUAAUACGUGAACAAUGAUUAUGAAAAAUUAUUAUUUGAAUGAUUUACUGGACCAGAAGUUGCAACUCUUUACAUCUCUCUCUCUCAUUCUCUCUCUCCCCCCCCCCCCCUUUUUCUUCCGCUUAGGAGUUUCCAUGACGUGUCUUGAUAGUAUUAUAAUUUUCAAUAUGCGUUAACUGCAUAGUCUGAUCGGAUCAGUGUUUCGGAAGGAUGUAAUUUUGCGUAAGAGUCAAAGUACAACUUAAAAAGGGGGAAGCAUGCCUCGGCUUUUCAGCAGUUUGCCUGCGCAGUGUUGGGCGGUAUAAUAUUCGUAUGAGAAAUUUGUUUCUGCAGAACUGUUCCAGGGUGAUGACUUUCUUUUAAGUGUGUGACAGUGCAGGUAACCACAAAGAAGAAAAUAAACUUUAAUAAUUAGUCCCGUGUUUUUUAUAUACAAUAUAAAUAUGUAUAUAAAUAUUAUAAACAUGUUAGUGAUAUGUAGGUGGAUCAUCCGAGUUAAGACUCGGGGAUUAGUGAUGUUUUGUUUUAAUUUUGUGAAGGAAUUUUUAUAUAUUGUAUAAUUGGCAUAUGUCUUAAUAUAGUAAAUGUGUGUUUUUUUCUUGGCGUGAUCAGUUCGUAGGUUGUUUUGAAUGAUUUACUGUGUGAAAGUUGAAUGAACGUGACAAUGUUUUAUUAAGAGUUUUCUAUUUAACUUUUUUUUUAUUGUAUUACAAUGAAGACUUUCAAACUGGUGAUGGGUGUUUAAAGUAUUUAUAUUACUGAAAGUAUUAGUAGCUGCUAUAGAGCCCAUUUUAAAUAAAUAUAAUGAAAGCUAUAUAAAAAUCAAAUGUUGGUGAUGGUUAAACAAUUUCCAUGUAUUUAUAUUAUAUUUUCAAUUUUUUUUUUAACAGAAUUAACAAAUAACAUCAGAAAACCAGUAUAACAAUGCCCUCUGUUAACGUCUCCAGUAAAACACAGUAACAAAUUCCUCGUGAAUUUUACGAGAAUUGAGUGCCUGACAAUUUAAUAACUAUCGAGCUUGAGGGACCAAACAUUUAUCUGAAAGAAUGAUCUAUUGCAAUCUUUUUUAUUAUUAUUGUUAUUAACUUCCCAACUUACCCGUUCAUAAUUCAGUAACUACUUUACCAGUAAGGUUAACAAAGGUAAAACAGCUGUUGGUACUGCUGUCUUCACAAUAAUAUUAAUACCGUAUUAAUAAACAGUAUGUUUGGUUGUGUGACUGAAUUGUAGCCAAAAUAGUGUUUAUGUAGUUAAUUUUAUUACAACGAGUAAGUUUUCAGUGUUUUGAGUUGUCAAAAUUGUAAGAGGAUGUAACGUGCCAAGCAUGUUGUGGUGUGCAACUGCGUGACACAAGGUGUAACGUGUCGCAUCACGUCUGAGGACGCGUCGUCUCUCUGAUUCAGUAGGCGUUAAGUACUAUCCUGUGAGGUCAAUACCACACAAUUGUUUGACAUGGUAAUAUGACAUUAGUGCCAUAAGAAAGUUUCUACCCAUGUUACGGUGCUCCAAGUUUUCUUAUUUAGCGAGUUUUUUUUAUCUGAGGAUGAAAUCCAGUAUUUAGAACAGUAAUUUUAAUGUGUAAAAUGUGUGGAAAGUUCUAUUAGUUUGAAACAAGGAAAACAAUUACAUUUAAUAAAUGCCUAUUUCAGCAAUACAAAUAAGGAAAUUUUACAUUAUAUUUCUUAAAAAUGGCAUUGCUGUUUAGUAAUUAAACUUUAUUGCAUAAAAAAUGUAACACAAUCCGUUUUGAAGAAAAUCGGCAGAAAGUUACGUAAAAUCUUGGUAUUUAACGUGUUAUCUAUUUUAAUAUUCUUUAAUUGUUUAAAAGACUAGCUUAUAUUGUUAUGAAGGACAGUUUUUUUUAAGAUUAGUCAUGUAUCUUUUGAGUCUCAGGUUUCUGCAUAUCCAUAAAAAUAAUUUUCUUUAGUUUCUUAAGCACUGGCUCAGAAGUGAAGCCCCUGUUCACAGGACUAAGCAUAAACCCAAAAUAACUUAAAAAAAAACCAUAUACAAUGUUUAGCAGGUUUUAGCAUAUAUCAGUUGUUGAUCUCAUUUGAGCUCCUUAAUGUUGUCAAAAAAAUUGUGGCAGUGAUAUUUGGGCAGAAAGAAAAUAAAACAUGCAAACUUUUGAAAUUAGAAAAAGAAACUUGAAGGAUAGUGAAUUCAUACAUUGAUAAAUUCUGGGAAAUCAGGUUUUCAGUUUCUUUAUUUUGUUAUAUAAGCUUAUUGGGACGGACAACGUACAUAAAGUGGAAACAUCUUAGGAUGCUGUAACACAGAGAAGUUGCUGAUGUAAUAAUAUGCAAGAAUUUAAUAAGGAAAUUAAACCUUUGUUUUUAUUACAAUUGGUUUCAAUUUAUUGAUGGUGAUGUUUUGGGUGGAAAUACUUAUUUUUUUGGAAUAUUCGUACACAUUUCUUGGUUUUUUGUGCAAGUUUGUAAAUGAAUAAUUAAUCUUUUAUCAAGUUGUUAGGACUGCAUUUAGCAGACCUUUUCAAUAAACAGCAGUGCCGUUUAGUGCAUGUGUUAAAUUGAGAAAUAUAGCCUCGGUUAAUGUCCCUUCGUUUGUUGAAGGAUGCAUGCAUUAUGUGACAACAGAAUUCUUUCCUGUUUAGUUACGACACUUGUACAAUGGUAUUUUAGGUACAUCACACGUCUUUACAUUGUAGUGAGUGUCCUGGGCUUGCAUCUACACAGUUUCAACUUGUAAUUUGUGCAUAGUAUGUUUCAGGUGCAGUUAAAAGUCUUUUACAGAAGCCAUUUAGAAUUAUUAAUAAUAAUUACUGUUCAAACUUUUAGUUAAUAAUUUUCCUUAUCUUUCAAUAAAAUUCUAGAGAGAUGAAAAGUUUGCCACAAAAAUUAAAUUGUUGUAAAAUUCAGAUGUAGAUUUUUAACGUACAUGUUCUGUUCUUUGUUUUUUUAUCUUUUAACAUUUGAAUACAUGUUCUUGCAGAUCACUGUUUCAGGAUUUUCCGCAAGAUAUAA